AAUCUGGUUUGAAGAGACCUCUGGUUCGCAGAAUCACCCCUGUGAUCGAACACCACCAUGCCAACCAGACCAAGGCACUGGGUGCCGCCUCCUGUCUUUAUCCUUAAGUACCCCUACAACGUUGUUUUCGCAAGGGGAGCACUGCCCACGCCCUCGCUUGACCCUGUGGGUCCCGCCGGGCCACCACAGCUCCCUCCGGCCCGGCCCCCCCAGUCCCGCACAGAGGCUCGGACAGCGCUGGAGGCCCCGGCCCGCCGCGCUCGGGCCCGCCCGGCGCAGGGAGCCGUGUCCCUGUGAGAGCCGUGUCUCAGAGCCGGGGCUGCCCGAGCCUCAGGUGCUGCCGCGCUUGGAAGGUCGAAGGAUUUGGGAUCGUACACAGCGACCCCGCCGACUGCGCUGCGCACGGUAUCAGCGCUCGGACAGCACAGGGCGGGACGCGAGGCGGCUGUGCGGGACGCGCCCCGCGAAGGCGAGGGGAGCCGGGCUGGCCCCUCCCGGCAUUUCCUCUGGGCUGUCGGAUCACUACAGCAGCGGGACAGAGCCAGGUGUCACACGGGGAGCGGGGUGUCCCGGGGACGGAGCGGCGCGGCGGGGCCGGGCUGUCCCGCUGUGUCACCCCGGGGUGUCCCGGGGCGGAGCGGGGCCGGCCGGGGGCGGAGCCGCCGCCGCCCCCGCCGCUCCUGGCGGGCUGACGUGGCCCGGGCGCGGGGCGGACAUGGCGGACGGCAGCAGGCAGAGCCGGUUGGCCGCGGCCAAGAAGAAGCUGAAGGAAUAUCAGCAGAAGAACAGCCCUGGAGCAACUGCAGGAACGAAGAAAAAACGCAAAACUAAAGAAGGCAGCAGACCUGCGACACCCACCACCGAUGACCAGCAGCCUCCAGAGAAUAUUCAGAACAUUCUGAAGGUGCUGGUGUCAGACCUUAACCGCUCCAAUGGGGUAGCCAUACCCUCAUUGGACAAGAGGAAGGCAUACUUUGACAGUGAUGUUGCCACUCGUAGUGCUGAACAGCUUGCUCCCGAUGUCCCUGUGCUAUCUAACAGCAACAGCCUCCCUAGUUCUGGUUCUGUUCUGCCUGCUCCUGAGAGCAUGCAGCUGACACAGAUGAAUGAAACCGAGGAUCAUAAAAAUGCUUUGGAUGAGAACAGGUCUUUCUCGUCAACAGAGGGUCUCCGUCAGUUGUCUGAACAACUCAAUGGCCUGGUUUCCCAGUCCACAUCGUAUGUGAAUGGAGAAAGUGCUGUUUCUUCUACAAAUAUUAAGGAAAUGGAAACACGUUACCAGGAGCUGGCAGUAGCCCUGGAUUCCAGCAAUCUAACUAACAAACAGCUCGUUACAAAGAUAGAGGAAUUGAAACAGCAGAACCAAGAAGCAGUGAAUCAACUGGAAAAGGAAAAGAAGGAGUUUGAACAGAAAUUUUCUAAAGAGCAAGCAGCACUAAGGGAACAGUUACAGGUUCAUAUCCAGACUAUUGGAAUUCUGGUUUCUGAGAAGUCUGAGCUGCAGACAGCCCUUGGCCAUACUCAGCAAGCUGCACGGCAGAAAUCAGGAGAAGCUGAGAGCCUUGCUGCCCGUUUACAUUCGUCUCGCCAGCGAGUCUCGGAGCUGGAGCGCACUCUGUCCUCCAUCUCCAUGCAGCAGAAGCAGUCAGAGAAGCAUAAUAAAGAAUUAGUGAAGGAGCGAGACAACCUGAAACUGGAACUGUACAAACGAAGCAAAAGUAGUGAGGAAAUAAAACAGCAGAAUUCAGAGCUGUCAGAGAAGGUUCACUCCCUGGUGUCCCAGAACUCAGCUAUGAAGUUGGAUGUGGAAGAUUUGCAGAAGAAAUUGGAAAUGGCUGAACUGAUGAUUCAACAGUUCUCAAGCCAGGGAGGGAGUCUGGAUGCAAACCAACAGCUGCAGAUGGCUCUGGAGGAGAAGGCAAGCAUGGAAACCCAGGUAGCUCAGCUCUCAGAGUCACUCCACCAGCUGCAGGCAGAAAGAGAUCAGUAUGUGGAGAAACUGAGGGAGGAGGGGAGCAUUUGGCAGCAGCGGGUGCAGCAGCUCUCUGAGCAGGUCCGCACAAUGGCAGAGGAGAAGGAGAAACACAUGGCCAAAAUUCAGGAGCUGGAAGACAAUGUUACAGAGCUGCUGAGCACAUCAGCAGUGAAGCCCAUGGAUAUCGAGCCUGCCUCGCCACCAGGGCCCACGGCAGCUGAGCUCAGCCUGCAGGAGGAGAUCCAGCGGCUGCAGCAGGAGAAGGAGGAGCUGCAGGGGCAGUACCAGGCCCAGGUCCGGGACAAUGAGCAGCUGAGCCACCUCAACCGGGAGCAGGAGGAGCGGCUGCUGGAGCUGGAGAAGAGCGUGCAGCGCUACAGCGAGGAGGCUGUGGACAGGCAGCAGAUCCUGGAGGACAUGCAGAGUGACAAGGCCACGAUCAGUAGGGCACUGAGCCAGAACCGGGAUCUGAAGGAGCAGCUGGCUGAGCUGCAGAAUGGCUUUGUCAAACUGACAAAUGAAAACAUGGAGGUUACAAGUGCCCUACAGUCAGAGCAACACGUAAAGAAGGAGCUGGCCAAGAAGCUUGGGCAGCUGCAGGAGAACCUGGCGGAGCUCAAAGAGACGCUGGAGCUGAAGACACAGGAGGCCCGUGGCCUGCAGGAGCAGCGGGACCAGUGCUACAGCCACCUGCAGCAGUACACCCUGGCCUUCCAGCAGCUCGCUGCUGAGAAGGAUGAACUGCACAAGCAAUUCCUGCUCCAGACACAGCUCAUGGAUCGCCUGCAGCACGAGGAGGUCCAGGGGAAGGUGACAGUGGAAAUGCACCUGAAGGAGCUGCAGCAGACAAAGGAAAGUCUAGAAGCUGUAGCCAAGGAAAACAAAGAGCUGCAGGCCCAGAUCAGUCAGCUGGCAGCAGAAAUGGAUGGCAGGAUUUUGCACCAACUGGAGGGCGAUGAAGCAAUGACUGAAGAAACCCAAAAACCUUCUCUUGUGAUCCCAGAGAAUUUUGAAAGCCAUGAAGAAAUGGUCAUUUUCGUGACCUCUGCCGUGUCCCAAGUGGAGCAGGAGCGAGAAGAUCUGAGGAAGCAGCUGGCUGCUCAGAAGCAGCAGUGCAGAACCCUCCUGCAGCAAAUCACAGCUCUUAGACAGGAGCAGCAACAUCACGUCACGCUGGAUGGAGGCUCCCUUAUGGAUACUGUUCCAGUGGAGGUUCAUGAGGCUUUGAAAACUGCCAUGGACAAGCUACAGUUGCGUUUCACAGAGCUGAUGCGUGAGAAGGCUGACCUGAAGGAGCGGCUGGAGGAGCUGGAGCACCGCUGCAUCCAGCUGUCCGGAGAGACUGACACCAUUGGGGAGUACAUUGCACUGUACCAGAGUCAAAGGGCUAUCCUCAAACAGCGGCACCAGGAAAAAGAGGAGUAUAUCAGCAGGUUGGCUCAGGAUAAGGAAGAGAUGAAGAUGAAACUACUGGAACUGCAGGACUUAGUGAUGCGUCUGGUCAGGGAAAGAAAUGAAUGGUACAGCAAGUAUGUAGCAGCUGCUCAGAACCCAGAGCUGCUGGCAAGCCAGGCUGAAGGUGUGCUUCCAGCAGAGAGGCGCAUUGAGCUCAACGCCACCGACGGAGCAGGGCUACGAGAGGUGAAUCUGUCAGAUGAAGCAGAACAAGAGGCUGCUGUUCAUCAGUCUGGUUUCCCCCCCACUGACAGUAAAGCUGCUCAGCCAAACCAAGAGGACCCCACGGCAAAGCAAAUAAUGCAGCUUCUCAGAGAAAUCCAGAACCCUCAGGAGAGGCUGGGCUCCCUGCUGGAAAACCCAUGCAUUCCCUUCUUCUACCGUGCUGAUGAGAACGAUGAGGUCAAAAUCAUGGUAGUUUAAGAGGUGCUAUGUCUUACUGACAGCAACUUUCUGUGGGCCCGAAAGGACCUGAUGGACUUGUACGUGCCCAUACCUCUGCUCAGUGCCCUUGGUGAGAACAGGUUCCUAAAGACAUCAGUAAAGAGAGUUGUAUCAGAUGGAACUCAAGCAUCAGACCUCAUCUUCUCUUUCUCUUUUCUGUGUUACUCGUGCUUGGAGUACAGGCAGACUCUUAACUCAUCCUGGGAGGCAGCUGGUGCUGCCACAUCACCUAGGCCAGGCCCAGACUGGGAGCAAAGGGAGUCCAUGACUUUUGGCAAAAUGACUUAAUCCCUUGUCCCAGACUCUGCUGCCACAGGAGCUUCACACGGUUCUGAUCCAUCACUCAUGCCUGUCAUCAGCCCAGUUCCUUCCAGGGCUCCCAGAGUAACUAACUGUUCUGCUCAUGGACUCUUUGGACUCUCAGCAGGUUGGGUUUGUUUUCAUACCACGGAUCCUAAACUCCCCCUUGCUGCUGCAGCCCUGCCUCUUGCACCUGUAUUUCAGAACAGGCCCCCAGCAAGCAGCUCCUGGGCAGCACAGCCCUGUCUGUCCUCAUUGCCAGGGGAAGGGACUGAGGGGGGCCUUGAGGGGUCUUUUGGUUACUUGACAAAGCUUUAUGUGAUUCUUGGGAGUGGGGUGGAAAUGUAACUGCACUUUGAAGGAUGAUGUGUUUCACUUGUAUGUGUCUGAAGGUUUUAUUUAUUUUAAGAAAUGGGAGAAAUUAAGUAAAAGGAAACCACUUAAUAAACAUGCUUCGUUUUGAAUUUCUGGACUUUAGGGGUUCUAGUUCUCCAUCCCUGAACUUUCCCCUUCUCUUAUUUUGGUAAGGAUUGCAGGAGAUGAGUGGAAACCAAGAGCCCAUGGCCCAUGUUUAAGGUCCUGGGACAUGCAGCAGCAAGUGUGGUAGUCCUGGCCCUGCCUUGAAGCCAUAGCCUUGAUUCUAGGGAGAAAAUACAACAUGGAGGGAGGAGAGCACUCCCUGAAACAGCAGCAAAACAAAUCUGGGUGUGGAUGUUAAUGCCAUGUGAACUGCAUGUGGAUAUCCUGCAACUGACUCUGCCUUCAGGCAAGAACUGCCUGUUCUCAGGAGGGGUGGUGUCAAGAGUGGAGUUUUGAGGGAAAGCACAGGGGAGGUUAAAGGAACCUGAUCAUUGGAGCUGUGUAAUCAAACACAGGAGCUUGGGCUGCUGCCUGAAGCAGCAGCAGCUGCCACCCUGGUACCUGCCGAGAUACAAGAUGGAAGCACAGAUUUGUGUCUGUUCAACAGCAGCAAUGGUUCACACAGCACAAGCAGUACUCUCUGUGAGCCCCCAGGGGAAGCUGGUUUUUGAACUCCUUUCAUUUAAAUGGCACCAGUGAUGUCAGUCUCUGCUCAGCACAAGUGACUGGGCUCCCCAGAGCAUGGGCUGUGUACAUUCUGUAUCUGUGUAAAAUGGUGUAUAUUCCUUGAAGAGAGACUAAGCCUGUUCAGUGUUCACAGCUGCUCAGGCCAUUCAGAAAUCUGUAUCAUAACUAAAAGGGGAAGGGCUGUGAUUUAACACAGAGUAUUACUGUAAAAGGAAUAAGUAGUUACUGGGUGUUUACUCUAAACUGUGAAGGAGACAAGACCAGUGAAGGUCUGUGGUCUGUUGCAGAGGUGACUUAACCCUGUUACAAAUUUGCUUUCUGAAUAAACUUAUUCAGAGGGGCACUGACUGGAGGUAUUUCUUUUGCAUAGACCACCUUGAAAUUUGGCCAGAAAAAAGAGAAGAAUGAAUUCUUUAUUGAAAGCACCUGCCCUGACACUGAUGCUGUUUUCACUGAGCUUUCAUGAAUGUUUUCUGUACAGACUGCUGACAAGCCUGAGAGGUGGCUCUUGGCUAGCAUCUCAUAUAAUUUCUGGCUUCAGAUUUAUUUUUUUUUUUACCCUGACCCCUUACAGGAGUGACUCCUGGACCUGACCUUUACUCAAUGUCCACUUGCUGUGCUCCACAACCACUACAGGCAAAAAUCCCUUUAAAAAAGCAAUUUGUGUGCAAACUCCCACCUUCUGUAUGCCCCAUCUCUGAAGCACCUCCACACAAUUCCUUCUGCACAGGGAUUUACCUUUCUGCACCUGACAAGCUGCUUCUCUCCUGCAGCCCCUGGACACGCAGUGCUGAUGCAGAUCUGCUCCACCUUCCCUGUCAGUGACAGCCCCUGACUGCAUGGACAGCUUGUUAACUCCAUGGGAUGAAAAAAUCAGGUUACAAUCAAACACAGCUUGAAAACCACCCAGAGAAAAAGCAAGAGAAAGAGAGAUGGUUUUAUUCUAGUCAUGGAGACCUUCAUUAUACAGAAAUGAGAGUUUAUUUCAUCCAAUAAACAAGAGUGACAGGUAGAUCACAAACUGCAUCACAGCUACUACCAGCACUGAGACAGUUCACCCACAAGUCUGGGGUAAUACAAUAACCCAACUGCACACAGCAGAGAAUUUAACAAUCAGCUCAAAAACUCAACAUUGGGAUUUGGUUAACUUUUUGGAUGUGUGUGUAUAUAUAUAUGUAUAUAGAUAUUCUUUUCCUACUUAAGUAUUUCCUAAAAUUCACAUGGAAGCACAAAUGGCUUUUAACACCUGGACAUAUAUAGAUUUUUCAUCUUAUAUAUAUAUUUAUAGAUAUUUAUAACAGUAAAGAUAUGUUUCUCAUUACUACAAUAUACUUGUUUAACUCCUUUAAGCAGCUGGGAAGGGAAAAAAAAA